AGAAGCUUGCUGCCAUCAGGUUAUCUAACUUUAGUUUAUUAUCGAGCCCUUCAGUAUAUCAACCGCCUCCCUCUCUGAAAUAAAUAUAACUUGUUUCCUGUAUUGCGUAGAGCACUGUCGGCAGCAAAAGAGCUGCACACGCCUCUACAAGGCCUCCAGUGAUUGGCUAGCCGCUUCAGUCUCCAUAGACUUUCAAUACAUUGCAGUUAGCACGCGAGCUACAAGCGUCACCCAAACGCAAGACGCGCUGAAACGCUGAAGAAUGAACCAUAAAAGUAAGAAACGGAUCAAAGAGGCGAAGCGGAGCGCCAGACCCGAGCUGAAGGACUCGAGUGACUGGACCAAACACAAUUACUGCGAGAGCUUUGAUGUGUCGCACCGGACAGUGAAGGACAACGUGGAGCGAGUGGACACCCAGCGUCUCAGUCCUGAGGAGUUCAUUCAGCGCUUUGAGAAACCGUAUAAGCCCGUCGUUCUGCUGAACUGCCAAGACUCGUGGCCAGCCCGGGAAAAGUGGACCUUGGAGCGACUCAAGCGCAAAUACCGCAACCAGAAGUUCAAAUGCGGCGAGGACAAUGAUGGCUACUCUGUCAAGAUGAAAAUGAAGUACUACGUGGAGUAUUUGGAGUCAACCCAUGACGACAGCCCCCUCUACAUUUUUGAUAGCAGUUUCGGUGAGCAUGCUAAGCGCCGCAAGCUUUUGGAGGACUACCAGGUGCCAGUUUUCUUUAGGGACGACCUCUUUCAGUUUGCGGGGGAGAAGCGCCGUCCUCCGUACAGGUGGAUUGUGAUGGGUCCUGCCCGUUCUGGAACAGGCAUCCACAUUGACCCGCUCGGCACGAGUGCGUGGAACGCCCUGGUGCAGGGCCACAAACGCUGGUGCCUGUUCCCCACCCACACGCCCCGUGAGCUCAUCAAGGUGACGCGAGAGGACGGGGGAAACCAGCAGGACGAGGCCAUCACCUGGUUCAACGUCAUCUAUCCCCGCACACAGCAGCCCACCUGGCCAGCCGAGUUCAGACCGCUGGAGAUCCUUCAGCAUCCUGGAGAGACUGUGUUUGUGCCCGGCGGAUGGUGGCAUGUUGUCCUCAAUCUGGACAUGGCUAUUGCUGUGACCCAGAAUUUUGCGAGCACCACUAACUUCCCCAUCGUGUGGCACAAGACUGUGCGAGGUCGCCCCAAACUCUCCAGAAAGUGGUACCGGAUCCUGAAACAGGAGAGGCCUGAUAUUGCUGCUUUGGCAGAUAAAGUCGACCUGCAGGAAUCAACAGGCAUUGCCUCGGACAGCUCCAGUGACUCGUCCUCCUCUUCCUCCUCCAGCUCCUCCGACUCUGAUUCAGAGGCUGACUCGGGCUCUGAGGGCGACGCCAUGACCCAUCGCAGAAAGAAGAGGAGAACCUGUGGCAUGAUGGGGAACGGUGACAUCACAAGCCAGGACGACUGCGUGAGCAAAGAGCGCAGUUCGUCUCGGUGACGUCCCGCUCGACAACAGAGGGGCUGCAGCCAUAAUCGUCUCCUAGACCAUGAAACGUCAUGCUCUCUCUGUCGCCCUCAGGAGAGUCCUGUCCAUUAGAUAAGAGGUUGCCUCUGCGUCACGUCUGCGCACAUGAUAACAAACUCUGCCCUAGUGCGCUUUUAGAGAUAAACACGAACAAAAUAUCCAAAUAUGUGCUUGCUGGAGGAGCGUUGCAUGAAUGAGUCAACAGCUGUGUGUGAGAAGAAAAGGGAAACCCUUCUUGUGUUGCCUUUGCUGAUGUCAGGCUCUGGACAGGAAGCUUGGCGUCUCCUCCUGUCCCAGUGCCAACGUCGUUAAUCUGCGUUUGAUUCAGAACAGAUGCCGUUUUUGUAUUUCACAGGGGUUAUGUGCAGAUUUGUGAGAGAUGUAUCAUGACCCAUCUAGGGUAAUAUGGUUGACCUGAUGUGUAAUGCUGCCUUUAGCUCUUUGAUUCUAGAAAAUAGAUUAUUUUAUUACUGAUUCUACUUUAUUCUUGAGCUGCACUUAAACAUGGGUUUCUUGUCUUUUGGUUAAACUAGCCCAUAGUACUUACAACUGUUAAACAGCAGUGAUUUCUGGUCCCUUUUCUCACUCUUCUAGAUAAGAAUUUUGAUUUAAAGUGUCUCAAACUUUAAAUUAGAAGCCCUUUAUGAAGCGCCACACUACAUGUGAUAUAUGAAAACGGAUAACUCCGUUUUUAACAAUUUUGAGAAAAUCAUGUUUUUUCAUUGUG